AUGGCAUCUGUAGCUCUAUGGCUCACGGCUUUUGCCGCAGUAACAGCGGCUUCUCCUCUGUCAGCGAGAGACAAGUCCACCAUCUUCAACGCAGAAGUUGACCUUCAGCGUGUCUCUCCUGCAGUCAAAUCGCUCUUCCUCCCUGGCUCUUCUGGCAUUGCUUCACCGAAAAACUCGACUUCGAGAUGCAAGGUUUACCCCGGAGACCCUGAGUGGCCCUCUGACGAGGCCUGGUCUGAAUUGAACAAGCUCACUGGCGGCCACGUUCUCAGUGCACCUACUCCCCGAGCUGCAGUAUGCUAUCCUGGCGACGAUUACAACGCCACACAAUGCUCGGAAUAUACUGUUGCAGAAUGGCAGAAGUCGUACCUCCACAUGGUUGAUCCCAUCGAAAUGAUGUCGCCAGUAGCCCAAGGCAUGACCUGUACUCCUCCAGUCCUUUUCGAUUCUCACGGCUGCACUCGUGGGGGCUUCCCCAUGUACGUCGUCAACGCGACCGAACCGAAGCAUGUUCAGCUUGCUGUGAACUUUGCGAGGAACACGGGUGUUCGUCUCAUCGUCAAGAAUACUGGCCAUGACUUCCUCGGAAAGAGUGGCGGCAAAGACGCCCUCAGCAUCUGGACACACAACAUGAAGAAUAUCGAAUACAUUGAGGAGUAUGUUGAUGCGAAGCUCAACUACUCUGGCCCUGCUUUCAAGAGCGGUUCGGGUGUCCAGGCCUUUGAGAUCUACAAGGCUGCUUCCGAGAAGGGCAGGGUCGUGGUGGGUGGAGAAGGCGAGACAGUCGGAGUAAUGGGAGGCUACAUCCAAGGAGGAGGACACUCGCCUCUAACUCCACUCUAUGGCACCGCCGCUGACAGUGUUCUCUCCAUGGAGGUCGUCAGGGCUGAUGGCGAGUUUGUCGUGGCCAACUCUACAUCCAACACUGACCUCUUCUGGGCCCUCCGCGGUGGAGGUGGCAGCACAUUUGGUGUCGUCACCUCUGUCACCGUGAAAGCGCAUCCCGACCUUGAAGUCACAGCAUCGCGCUUUGGCUUCAACUCCAAAGACACUGGCACAGAGAAAUUCUGGGCAGCCAUCCGCGCCUACGUUGACUCCUGGAUCGCCAAUGCCGAUGCAAGCACCUACACUUAUUGGACCUUGAUCCCCUCCAACGGCACCUUUUCAUUUGCCUUCUCUCCCUUUUUCGCUCCCGGCAAGUCCAAGGCCGAAGCCACUGCUCUCCUCCAGCCGUGGUUCAACAAGCUCGACGACCUCGACAUCAAGUACGACCCCAACAUUACGCACUUUGACAAUUUCUACUCCGCCUGGCGUUCUUCCUUUCCCCUCGAGGCGGUUCAGAAGCCCAACGUCGCAACCGCAUCGCGCCUCUUCCCCCGCGCCAACUUCGAAACAGCGGAAAAGCGGCAACAAGUCUACGAACACAUCCGCCGCUCGAGCGAGAACAACCGUGUGCAAGUCCACUUCAACAUGCAAGCCAAGGACCCAUACAACACGGACAGCGCCGUUAAUUCGCAUUGGCGCCCUCUAGUCUCAUUCAGUAUGCAGUCUGUGCGCUGGCCUCUGAACAGUACUGCCGAGGAGAUUUUGAAAAUCAGAAAGGACUUUCAGGCGGGCGACAUGCAGACUUGGAGGGACAUUAGCCCUGGCGCGGGAUCCUACCUUGCGGAAGCUGACCGCCUCGAGCCCAACUUUGGUGAUGCCUUCUUCGGUGACAAGUACCCUCGUCUGCUGGAACUGAAGAAGAAGCUCGAUCCCCAGGAUGUCUUUUUUGCUACCACUGGCGUGGGCAGCGAGAGAUGGAGGGUUGAGAGCGUCGAUGGACUGCCAAAUGAGAACGGCAAGUUGUGUCCCGGCGGCCUCACGCACGUGUUGGUUCUGCACCUCGGCAACUCAGCCAGCCACCCGCCCCGCCUCUCGAAACACACAGAUACCCACACAUGA